AUGGCUUCUCUUCCCACCGCCGGUACUGCCACCGUCUACUCUCUCUUUUUCUUCAACACCCCAUCCACCUUCUCACUCUCACCCUGCCAAUUUUUCCCCAAGACACCACGAUUUCUCUCACAUGAAAAGCCAAAACGUCGCACAGUAGUAUCAUGUAAAGCCAUCGGUGGGGACCAAAACCCCACCACUAACCCUCAAAACGGAGAAACUUCUCCGGGAAAGUUUGACCGGAGAAAUGUGCUUCUUGGGUUAGGGGGUCUCUACAGUGCCUCCAACCUUGUCAUUCCACCGUUAACAUUUGCAAAUCCGGUAUCCGUGCCGGAUCUAUCAAGCUGCAGCGACGCAAGCUUACCCGCCGGUGUUACUCCGACGAACUGUUGCCCCCCGUCGGCAACCAAAGUGAUUGAUUUCGAGCUUCCUUCCUCGCCUGUGAUGCGAACUAGACCGGCGGCUCAUUUGGUAGACAAAGAGUACAUUGCCAAGUACUCCAAAGCCAUUGAACUCAUGAAAGCCCUUCCUGAAGAUGACCCACGUAAUUUCAUGCAACAAGCUAAUGUCCAUUGUGCUUACUGUGACAGUGCUUAUGAACAAGAAGGCUUUCCAGAAGAGAAAGUUGAUGUCCAUUUCUCAUGGAUUUUCUUUCCCUUCCAUCGAUUCUACCUCUAUUUCUUCGAGAAAAUAUUGGGAAAAUUAAUCAAUGACCCAACUUUUGCUCUGCCAUUUUGGAACUAUGACAGUCCUGAUGGUAUGACAAUACCCACCAUGUUUACUGAUACUAACUCUUCUCUCUAUGACCCUCUUCGUGACGCCUUACACCAGCCGCCGACGAUUAUGGAUCUGAAUUACUUCGGCCCCUCCACCGAGACUACUCAAAAUGAUCAGCAACAGAUUUCCUACAACCUCACGACGAUGUAUAAGCAAAUGGUUUCGUGCAGCAAGAAUGCUGAACUUUUCUUUGGACAAGCUUACCGUGCCGGCGACGAUCAGCCUAACGGUGCCGGAGCUAUCGAGAACAUACCUCACACUCCGGUACACAUAUGGACUGGAGAUAGAAACCAGCCUAACGGAGAGAAUAUGGGUAGAUUCUACUCAGCAGGGAGAGACCCAAUUUUCUAUUGUCACCAUGCAAAUGUUGAUCGGUUGUGGAACAUAUGGAAAACCCUAGGAGGAAAACGUCGAGACCCGACAGAUAAAGAUUGGUUGAAUGCUUCAUUCGUGUUCUACAAUGAGAAUGCUCAGUUGGUACGUGUGAAAAUCAAAGACUCUGUGGACACCGCGAAGCUCGGAUACACGUAUCAAGAUGUGCCAAUUCAAUGGCAGAAAGCUAAGCCAACGCCGAGGAAUACAAAAGUUGCCGGAAAGUUAAGCAAGGCAGGAGCGUGGUUGAGUUUAACUAGGAUAAACAGUGGGGCAGGAUUCCAUGUCCUUAAUAAUUAUGCUCGCAUUGAGAAUCGAUAUGACAAUAGUUAUAACAACUGGUGGAAAUAUGAUGUACUCCCACACCUAGAUGACAUCAAUUGUAAAACCUUGUUAGCUAGUGAAUCUGAGAAUUUCAAAUUCAAAGCUCAAGCUAAUGGGUCAGGGAAGGGGAAAUCCCUUCAUACAGUAGCUAAAGCUCCUUCACGUCUUCGAAAAUGGGACACUUCAAAGGAUUGUUUGAAUUCUCAAGAACAACUGGCUCCAAAGAUGUUAAAGGUCACAACAUCUGUUUCAAGAUCAGCUAAUGUUCGAUCUAUUCAUCCUUUAAACUUCCCAGAGUCUGCUGAAGUAAUUCAAGAGAGGUGUCAAACAAGAGCUAUAGAAGCUGAGCAUAAUUUGGCUUGUACCCGGAUAGAAGAUGGUGCAAAUCACACUACUAUAAAGUCUCUCACAGGCAAGGUUGACCCAUCUUGUGAUGCUCUGAAUAACUUAUCAACUUUCUUAGAAUUAUCCCCGCGAUCCCGCAAUAAAGCUUUUCCUCCACUCCCAGAUCUUGCCACAUUAUAUUCCAUCCCAGGUAUUUGCGAAGACCAAAAUCUUGACAAUGAUAUCAUUGGAGCUUUAUUUGAUGACAACGAUCAGACCAUGUCCAUUCUUUCCGACAGUGGUGAGAUUCUUCCUUUGGUUGAUGGAGAACAUACCAAUCCAUGUGAAGGGGAAGUUAAUUCUAAAACAAACCCUUCAUGUGCUAUACAAACAGGGCAAGAAGCUAUUAAUAAUUCUGUUAUGAAUACUCUUCUUGAGUCAUAUGGACCUAGCGAAGGAUCUCCAAGACUAAUGCCAAUGUUUUCAUCUAUCUCAG